AUAUUAGUUGAUAUGACAAAGCUUUAGUGAGAGUUUUUAUUUACAAAUUUUUCAGGUUAUAUUCUGAUAGGAGAUUGGUAUCUCGAACACUAAAGUAAUUACAUAUGCAUCCAAGUUUUAGGAAAGAAAACAAAUAGAGCCAAAUUUAGAAAUGAGAAAUUGAAUAGGUGAGAGUGGAAACAGUGGUGGGGGAGGAAGAUGGAGCCAAGUUUUGGUGAUUGAAUGAACCUCGGUAGUGUUGGUUUUAUAUUAUAUUUCAUGUCUUGUGUAGUGUAGUGUGGCAUAAGAACAGCAUCAGAGGAAGGGCAGUGAUGCAGCACAGAUACUUAACACCUCUAUUCCGACCAAACACUGUCACCUUUCCCACUGCCAUCAUCAAGCCCUCCCAUAGGCCCAGAAUCAAUUCCUCUUCCCCAUACCCUUAAUUCACUGUCUGCCUGUCGAGAUUACCAAAAUCUUGUUCAAGAUCUUGCAAACGACACGAGUUAAGUUGUUUCACCAACAGGGUAUUAACCAACCCAACUCAACUCAAUUGAACCGGUUCGAUUUGGUUCGGUUCAGUUAGAAGUAGUAGGACACUGCAUAGUGUAUAUAUAAAGGGAGCUAGCUAGCUGAGUUUGCAAAAAAAGGCAAAAAGUGGUGCGUGGAGAGAGAAAAAAAGAGGGAAAUAGAGAGAAGGGAAAAAGAUGGGUUAGGCUGAAAAGUGAAAAGGGUGUGUAGUAGUAUAACAUUGUUGGUGUAGUUUUUGGCUUUUGGUUUUGGGGUGAUGGAAGUGGGAAAAUUGAAUGGCAGGGGCUUUUGGAAGAAGCAAGUUUCACAGUUGCACAAGCAGCAACAAGAGGAGAGUGGUGAGAGAGAGUGCAAGGAAUCAUCAACAUCACCAGCCACAACAUACUAGGGAUAAGUGCAAAGCUGGAAGAGGAAAACCACAUCUACAAAAACAAAAACAAGGGUCUGACUCUGGAUCCUCUCAGGAAUUAUCAUCAUCAUCGUCGUCAGCAACAACCUCAUCAUCAUCAUCAAAAUCUGGUUCUAAAUUCGAGACAUGUGACAGAGGAAGGAGAAGAAAACCAAGACAACCACGCUUCUCAAUAUCACCCUCACCAAUUUCAUAUCAACCUCCAAAAUCUCCAUCCUCAACACCACCACCAACAAGAAUCUUAUUCAAAUUUAGACACGGAGCUUUUAGACUUAAACCCACUCCAACCUCCAAAGAAACGCUCUUGUCUCCCUCCUCUACCACCGCCACCGCUUUCUUCAUCCGAACAUGCAAGAAAGAUGGAGGAAUCACACCACCACCACCAUCGCCAAGCACCAACACCGUCGAGAGCGGCGAUGAGAGGCGGCAGCGGCAACGGCGAGAUUGUCGAGGUGCAAGGCGGCCACAUUGUCCGCUCCACCGGGAGAAAAGACCGCCACAGCAAGGUCUGCACCGCCAAAGGCCCCCGCGACCGCCGUGUGCGCUUGGCGGCGCAUACGGCCAUCCAAUUCUACGACGUCCAGGACCGCCUCGGCUUCGACCGCCCCAGCAAGGCGGUCGAUUGGCUCAUCAAAAAAGCCAAGGCGGCCAUCGAUCAGCUCGCAGAGCUCCCACCAUGGAAUCCUGCGAGCUCGAUGCAGCCACCUCAGCAGCAGGAAGUCAUCCAUCGCGAGAACAAGUCUCUCGCGAUGGAAGACAGGAAAGACUCCAUAAUUGCCUUUGGCAGCCGCGGUGAGAGAGACUCUCUCACCGCGGAUACUGCUGGGAGAGUUCCAGAAUUCUCCCACCAAUUAGAGAGUGAAAAUGGCAACAACAUGAGCAACAAGUACAACAGUGGUUCUGGCUUUCUGCCAGCGUCGUUGGACACUGACAACAUUGCGGAAACGAUUAAGUCUUUUUUUCCCGUGGAGGCGACUACGACGUCGUUUCAGAGCUACCCUCCGGCGCCGUCGGAUUUGGGACAGCAAGAUCUGCGGCUCUCGUUGCAGUCCUUUCAGGACCCAAUUAUGCUUCACCACCAGCCUCAGAGCCACCACGAGCCGGUGCUCUUCGCCGGAACCGCCGCCGCGGCGUUAGGCUUCGACGGUGGUUCGGCGUGGUCAGAGCACCAGCAGCACCACUCAGAGGAACAGAGAUUGCUUUAUUCUGGUAACAGUGGCCACGGCGGCGGAUUCGUGUUCAACUCGCCGGCGCCGGCGUUUGGCCAGUUUUUUUCUCAGAGGGGACCCCUUCAGUCCAGUAACACUCCUUCGGUUCGUGCUUGGAUAGACCCUUCGGUCGAUCACCAUCACCACCACCAUCAUCACUAUCUCUCGCCGUUAAUCCACCAGGGUUCCGUCGCCGGAGGCGGCGGUGGCGGUGGAUUUUCCGCCGCCGCCGGUGGGUUCUCCGGCUUCCGCAUUCCAGCACGAAUUCAGGGUGAAGAGGAGCACGACGGCUUAUCCGACAAGCCGUCCUCUGCUUCCUCCGAUUCUCGCCAUUGAUUUGAAAAACACACAUCAAAAACCCCAACUUUGUUCUCCCUCAGGGUUUGUGGGUUGCAUCGAAGACGAUUCCAUUGAUGGAGAGAAGAGAAUAUGCUUUUGGAAGAUUAGGGUGAACGAAUUUUCGAGCUGCAAUGGGAAUUCAAGAUAUUUGGGUGUGGGUUUCAGAUGUGAUAAUUUCAAUGGCUUGCAUAUGCCUUUCGUGGGAGUGAAGAAAAUCUGAGGUUGAUAUUCAGGUUUUCCAAUCCCUCGGUUUGUUAUGUUAGUUUCUGUUAUUCAUGCUCAAUUUGACUAGGAUUAGGAGUACUGUGUUUUUUUUGUUUCAUCUGUGUUGGAUUGCUCAGAACCAAAAAAAAUCUGUAUUGGAUUGAUGUUUCUCUUUGUUAGUGAUUGUGUCUUAUUUGUACUUGUUCCAUUUCUUUUUUUCUUAUAAUGUUCUGAAAAGCAUUCAAAUUGAAUAAAAGAGCUGGUUUGCUCUA